UCCGCCGCAGGCUCCCCUCGACCAAUCAGGAGAGAGCUGUCUGUAACGGCUAAGGGGGUCCUCUCAGUCUGAGGUGGGCGCAGCAGCGGAGUGGGUCGCCUUAUGAUUCCCUCGCCGGCCUUUCCUUGAGGCGGAAGAGAGGCGACGGAAAAGGAGUAGCCGCGGGAAGGGGGAGGCAGGAGCAUGGCGGCCUCGGCGUCGGAAAAAGGCAACAAGAAGAAGACGGAGAAGAAACUGGCCGCUCGGGAGGAGGCUAAGUUGCUGGCCAGCUUCAUGGGCGUCAUGAAUGCCAUGAGGAAGCAAAAAACCCUCUGUGAUGUCAUUCUCAUGGUCCAGGAAAGAAAAAUCCCAGCUCAUCGUGUUGUCCUUGCUUCAGCCAGUCACUUCUUCAACUUAAUGUUUACCACAAAUAUGAUUGAAUCAAAAUCUUUUGAAGUGGAAUUAAAAGAUGCUGAGCCUGACAUUAUUGAGCAGCUUGUGGAAUUUGCUUAUACUGCAAGAAUUUCUGUAAACAGCAACAACGUCCAGUCAUUGUUAGAUGCAGCAAAUCAAUAUCAAAUUGAACCUGUGAAAAAAAUGUGUGUGGACUUCUUGAAAGAGCAAGUUGAUGCUUCAAAUUGUCUUGGAAUAAGUGUGUUAGCUGAAUGUCUUGAUUGUCCGGAACUGAAGGCAACUGCAGAUGAUUUUAUCCAUCAGCACUUUACAGAGGUUUACAAAACAGAUGAAUUUCUGCAGCUAGAUGUGAAACGUGUGACACAUCUCCUGAACCAGGAUACACUUACUGUGAGAGCAGAAGAUCAGGUUUAUGAUGCUGCUGUCAGGUGGCUGAAAUACGAUGAACCAAACCGUCAGCCCUACAUGGUUGACAUUCUAGCAAAAGUCAGGUUUCCAUUAAUUUCAAAGAAUUUCCUCAGUAAAACCGUACAGGCUGAGCCACUUAUCCAGGACAAUCCAGAAUGUCUCAAAAUGGUUAUUAGUAAGUUUUGCAAGAUUUAUUUUAAGAUACUGUAUAACGUUCUUUUAGAAUAUUAUCAUCCUAUGUUUUUGCUAAGAUUGGGACCCAAAAUCACUCGCAGGUUAAACAUGAUAGAAAUGUUCCAUUUCAGAAUAUUGGAUGCUGUUUCAAUUGGUCAAGAAGCUGAACUGAAUCAAAAUUGUCUGGACAACUUUAAUGUUCUAUUUCUUGAGAUCUCGCGCCUGAGGACUGCAGAGAAGCAGCACAGGUGCACAUGCACGAGAUCUGAGCGGCAGAGAAGGGAACCUCUUUACCUUCUUUUUAUUAUACAGGAUUACAGCUGGACAGACAUCCGAUGUCCCUUUGAAAAGCGAAGGGAUGCUGCCUGUGUUUUCUGGGACAAUGUAGUUUAUAUUUUGGGUGGUUCUCAGCUUUUUCCUAUAAAGCGAAUGGACUGCUACAAUGUUGUGAAAGAUAGCUGGUAUUCCAAACUGGGGCCUCCAACUCCUCGUGAUAGCCUUGCAGCUUGUGCAGCAGAGGGAAAAAUUUAUACUUCUGGAGGUUCAGAAGUAGGAAAUUCUGCAUUAUAUCUAUUUGAAUGUUAUGAUACAAGAACUGAAAGCUGGCACACAAAGCCCAGCAUGUUGACACAGCGGUGCAGCCACGGAAUGGUAGAGGCAAAUGGCCUGAUUUAUGUAUGCGGAGGCAGUUUAGGAAACAAUGUUUCUGGCAGAGUCUUGAACUCCUGUGAAGUUUAUGAUCCAGCAACAGAAACGUGGACAGAGCUGUGUCCGAUGCUUGAAGCCCGAAAGAAUCAUGGGCUGGUGUUUGUGAAAGACAAAAUAUUUGCUGUGGGUGGACAGAAUGGCUUAGGUGGAUUAGACAACGUAGAAUAUUACGAUAUUAAAGUAAAUGAGUGGAAGAUGGUCUCCCCCAUGCCAUGGAAAGGCGUAACAGUCAAGUGUGCUGCAGUAGGGUCUAUCAUUUAUGUCUUGGCCGGUUUUCAAGGUGUAGGUCGCCUGGGGCACAUCCUUGAAUAUAACACUGAAACGGAUAAAUGGAUAGCCAACGCAAAAGUCCGUGCUUUCCCAGUGACUAGCUGCUUAAUCUGUGUUGUUGAUACUUGUGGAGCAAAUGAGGAAACACUAGAGACUUGAAGACUUCCAAGAUCCUUCUAAGGAGCUCCUGAAAAAAAUAGUUUGCUACUUGUGUUUCAUUUUGUUUUAGUUUGUAAUACUUUGGCAAAUUCAGAAUACAAUCCUUUAUUUUAUAUCUCCAAUAUAUAAUCUGGAUUUGCUUUUUUGAGUUUUAUUUUCACUUUCCUUCUUAAUGACUGGAAGUAUUUUGAGAAUUUACCAAUCCGCACCGAAGACAAACAACCUCUUUCAGGUGUGCUUGUGUAUUUCUUCAGCAAACAAAAUCUGCCUGAAGUACAUCAUGGAGCACUUCAAUAACAAUUAUAAAAUACUACCUGCAUUUUAAAGUGACAGUACUGAAGUUCUUCAGGUAGUACAGAUGACUUGAAACAAAACUAUCAUUAACUGCAACAUGUUUGCUCAAACAGCUUUUUUCUGCGUUACAGUGAUGCAGCUACAUCACAGGAUUGGAGUUCUGCAACAAUAAGUUGUUCAAGAAGUACUUGAAUGAACAUCAUAAUUUUCCAGAUCCUAUUUAUAUUGAGUUAACAGGGUAUAUCUAUAUAUGAACAUCUAUUUAUCUUGCAUUUGUGUUUUAUUGCACAACUAGAAUGGUGCCUAGCUAUAGGCAGAUAAUCCGGUGAGUUUUUUAAUUAUAUUUGCACAAAACCAUAUUGUCCUGUGUUGUUUUCACUAUAGCCUUCCUGCCAUAUUCAUGAGGUAUGGUUUUUCUUUCAGAGUGCAGUUGCCUUCUAAAAUACUGACUUGUAAAGGUGAGAGUACAUGUCACAUCUCUUCCUUAUCCCUGUAGGAGUUUUGCGGGCUUUAAGAAUAAAUAUGCUAUUGCCUUUGAUACGCCUCUUUUUAUACAAGAUGAGGAAAUGUAGGCAGGGAUACUUUAGAAUGGUAGCUACUCAUGAUUUCACAGGUCUCAUUCCUGGUGAAAACAAAAGUUUUGCUUGUAUUUAUAGUCCAUUUAUUUUAUCAGAUAAAUAAAUACAAAUUACACUAUUUUGUUCUCUUGCUCUGAUUUUCUUUUGUGGACACAGUCUAGGGCAAACAGGAAGUAGUUCUGUCUAGAAUAUCCAUUCCUUCUCAUUCUUUGUUUGUAUUGGAAUAGAUCAACAUCCAUAAAUAUUUCUUCUUGUGUAUAUACUGUUAAAGGGCCAUAGAUCUGCAUGUUAGAAAGUGAAUGCCUUUCUUGCUUGUGUACAAAACAUGUUUGACAUGAAAAAUAUACUCUAGUUACUUAAGUUCAUUAUCUUCCUCCAAUUCUCUUCUGCUUCUACAACUUCUUGUGAGCAAUCUCUUCUAACCUGGAACUUCUAAUAUUCUAAAUGUGGGUACCUUGUUUUUCAUGCUGAUUUUUGAAUCAGUAUUGAUUCAGUAUUGACAGUGUGUCGACUACACAGAGGAAUACAGUUUUGCCUUUUCAGGACUUUUUUUCUUAUGUUGGAAUUUUAAACUAUUUCUGAAGCACAUUUUUUAUAAUUCUGCCUUGUGGGGGGGACGGGGACACGGUCUUUUUAACAGAUCGAGAUCAGAAAAAAUUAAACCUCACCAGUGUAUAGCAGUAUAUUAUCAUGACAUGGUUUCAAUACUUCUUGCAUAUUUUUUUAGAACUCUUGCAAAUGAGUUCAUCAUGUUCAUUUAGUUGCAGUUAAUAAAAUAUGGGCAUUGUGGUAUCAAAGUGUCACUUUAUGAUUCUAUAUUUCUACAUGUUCUGUAUCUAGGCAAUGUGACAAAUUUAUUUUGUUUGUACGUUCUUAAUAUAUGAACACAAAAUACAAAACAUUUAGGACUGUUUUGUGUAUUGACAUAUGUAUUGACAAAUUUGGCUACAAAAAUGCUUUAGUUAAGUUUUAGUUUUUGAGAAUGAAGAAAAUACUUAAGUAAAGUUUGUUGGUCGGUAGAUUUUGUUGAUUAAAUAUUUGUUUUUUCUUAAAA